AUGUCCUUCGAUUUACGCACCAUCAAUAACGAGGGUGACAACAAGAAUAAUAAUUCAAUUGUUACAUACCAUCGUCGUGACGCACACUCUGAUUCUAAUGUCUAUUAUACAUCGUCAGCGGUCAUCAAUAUCCAGCAGGUUCAAACUGAUCUCCAUGCACAGCAUCAGCAUGAGAAACAUGCACUAGCUGACUUGAAUCAACGUCUUCGUCUGUUCGUUGAUCGUGCUCAACAGUUGGAAGCACAGAAUUCAAAAUACAUUGCGCAACUUGCAAAUUUUCGACGACAACCGUCCGGUAUCAGUAAUAUUGACGCACAAUCGACUGAACGUUACGUUCAUCUGCAGUCUGAUCUCACGACGAUUAGCUAUGCAAAAGUUGACUACGAAUUCGAUUUCGAAGUGUUCCAAAUGCAGAUUGGAAUAUAUCAGCAACUGAUUGAUGUUGAACAACAGUGGAAAGACGAUGGACGUUUGAAACUGGAACAGGAAUUAAAGCAGUUGGGGUCUGUCCUCAUCACUCUACGUACAUCCUAUGCAGAAUUGGGACGGGAAGUUGAGAGUCUCAGUGCAACACGUGAAGAUAUAUUCAAACAGUAUCUGAGACUGAUACAUGAUUGGUGCAGCAUGAAGAAACAACGAAAGAGAUGGGAUCUGAGUCUGCAAACAUUGAAGAGUCACAUUGUGUUUUAUAAGAAUUUACGUUCGUAUUCAGUGCGGGAAUUCGAAUCAGUUCGAUCGGUUGAUGUGGAUCAAUUUCUGACGUUGGAAUUGGAUAAAGCUGUGAAAAAAAUACGUCGUGAUUUUGAAUUGUUGUAUGCAACAAUUCAUCGUGAAAUGACCACGUACUAUGAAACGAAAAUAAAUGAAGUGCAAACAGACGUUGAACAGGCAUUGCACUAUCAACAAAUUGAAAUCGAAGAACUAGUAAUAAGUCAACAGACGCUGCAGGUGGAAUAUGAAGAAGUUCAGAAGACUUUUUCCUAUGAAAAAGAAAUUCGAAUCCAACUCGAAGCUAAGUACGCUAAAUUUGAAUCGGACUUCAGAUCAAUUCAGCUUCAAAAUGAAGAGCGACUUGAAGCACAGUCGAAAGACCUGCAGCGUGUGCAGGAAAGUAUAAUGGCAGUGGCCUAUGAUAUCGAUGAAAUGCGACGAAGUAAAAUCAAUUUAGAAGCUGAAAUUAUUGUAUACCGUCAUCUAUUGGAUAGUAGUGAAAUACACGAGCAGGUGAUGGUUGCCCCUAUUUAUCAGUCAGUUGGAAGUGAAAUGACGGGAAAAUUCAUUGUAAAAAACCAGAACCAUGGAGCAAUUGGCAUUAGUGAGUGUGGAGUUAAAAAAGAGAGAGAAAGAAUGUUAUUAAUUUCUUUUCUUGUAGAAGAAUGUGCUCCCAAUGGCGCAUACAUUAGUUUGGUGAAUCAUUCGACUAGUAAAGAUAUUGAUAUUUCGAGAUGGGUGCUGAAACGACGUAUUGAUUCAGAGCCGGAACUUCGAUAUACAAUACCCAAGGGGGUUCAACUUCAACAAGGUAGAGAAUUAAGAAUCUAUUCAAAGCUAGGUGCUGGUGCUGCUGAAUCAGCAUCAUAUAAUCGUGUCGGUUCUUCAUUGUCAAACCAGGUGCUUGUGAAUAAUGAUCUGGCUUCAUGGGGUGUGGGUAAGUCAAUUGAAACACUUCUGUUUAAUCAGAAUGGCGACGAGAAAGCAUCAUAUUCACAGUCGAUUGCAUAUGGAAGAAACAAUAUAUGA